AAAAAUUACGGGUAGUGAUUCAUAUUAAAAUAGAGGGAGUAGGUUUUUUCUUUACAAAUUAAUAAUUUGGUUUUAAAAGCAAUGAGACGUGAGUUUUAAGGAGGACUCUACGGACCCUUGGUUAAUGAGUCUUUUUGUGUUACUGUGUGACGGGGAUCCCAAUUCAGUAACUCUGCCCAGGAAGCAGAAGCGAGAAGUAGCUUCAAGCGGCUGGGUGUUUCAGAACGAAGGCAUCAGAACAGUGAUCGCUUCCACAUCGACUCUAACGACACCAAGCAUGGACCUGGAUUAUAAAGAAUAUGAGGAUUAUACGCCAGACAAUGAAACUGAGAACGUCAAUGCCACCCCUGCUGUGCUCAUGAAAAACAGCAGCUCUCAUUCUUCGUUGGCACAUGCUCUAGUGGUAAUCAAUAUCAUUAUAACUGUUAUUGGCCUCAUAGGAAAUUCAGUCGUUAUCUGGAUCUGCGGAUGGAAAAUGAAAAGAACGGUGAUCACUAUUUGGUACAUCAGUCUGGCCAUUUCAAACUUUUUGUUCUGUGUAUUUCUGCCCCUGGAGGUUUUCUACAGAAUAACCUCGCACUGGCCUUUCGGACUGCUCUUGUGCAAGUUCACCUCCUCCGCCCUGUUUCUCAACAUGUACAGCAGUGUCUUCCUGCUGGUUCUGAUCAGCACUGAUCGCUGCGUGAUGAUUCUAUUCCCCAUAUGGUCACAUAACCACCGGUCAGUGAAGAAAGCAUUUGGAGUUGUUGUGCUCAUGUGGCUCCUUUCCGCGCUCCUAACGUGGCCCUCACUCAUCUACAGGCAGACUGUAGUCCACGGCUCAGUCACUCAGUGCUACACAGGCUAUAUGGACCACUACAUACACAGGGCAGUUGUCUUGUCUCGGUUCAUCUGCGGGUUCCUGAUUCCGUUCUUAAUAAUUAUCGUCUGCUGCUCCGUGCUUGGUGUGAAGCUCAACACUUUGACCGUCAAGUCAACAAAGCCGUACAAAAUCAUGGCGGCGCUCAUCUUGUCGUUUUUCUUCUGCUGGGUCCCCUACCACACCUUUGUUCUUCUGGAGUUGGACCUCACGUACCUCAGCCUGGAGGUUAUUAAAACUGGAAUGACGGUGGGAGCCACGCUGGCCGCAGCAAACUGCUUCAUAUCCCCAGCUCUGUACGUCUUCGUUGGUAACGACUUUAAACAAACCCUGAAGAGGUCUCUGACAUCCAGAAUGGAGGAGGCAAUGGCUGAGGAUUUCCGUACAGGAGGUCUCAAUAACUCACGGUGUAGGUCAAUGGAAGUGAUCAAAACCUAGGAUGGCACUUUGAGAGCAAAUUCCCGCCGCCAAAUUCCAUGGACCAAUAGUCUGGAUCUUCCCCUAAAUAAACGUUUUUUGUCCAGAUGAUUGGCUAUUUGUGUGUUCAAGGCAUUCAUUUAGUGUUUUUCAAUCUUGUUAAGAAAAUCUUCAGAUUCAGAUGAUUUUUUUUCUAAGAUUUUAUUCAUAUCUACAACUGAAUUUCUUCUGUGUUAUUAUGUUUGCAAACAGAUUCAAAUUGCAACUUAAAUAAAGUGGAAGGCAGAAUAAAUUGAAUAUUAUGAAUGUGUAUAAUAAAUCAAAUAUUUAAGCAAUUGAAUGAAAAACAAAAUGCCUUUUUUUAUCUUGUUAUUAGAAAUUGAUGCAUAUUGUUUAUCGUUCUAAUCAAUACAUUUAAAAUAUAACCAUAUACUAGUUUUGGGUUUAUUUGUGUAUUUGUGUUUAGUAAACUAAAUAAAGAUAAUACAUGUUAAUAUUUCUAUAAGAAUGGUGUAUUGUGUUCCAUCACCACUGACGAGUAGCAGACUUCACUAACUUCACAAAGCAUCGAACUACGGACAGGUUCAUCACUUUUUUGGGGGUCUGCUGGAAACAUGUUAGUUGUUGUUUUCCCGAUUUUGUCCUCACGUUUCUGUAUUUACAUGGGUCGUGACUUUUUGCAGCUCAUGUGGUGAGAAAUUUAUGAAGUUUUUUUUGUAAUUUGCAUUGCGUUGCGCUCUCUUGUUCUCCCUCUUUCCAGGAGUGAGCAGCUGUUUUCUGCAGUUAGACCUUGAGCAACUGUUAAAUAGGCCCUGCACCAAAAUCAAGCAUUCUCAGGGGCCCAUUCUUUGCACCAUUGCAUUUUGCACUAUUGCACACACUUGCGCUAUUCUUUUUCUUGUUGUUUUUCUUUAGGUGUUUAUAUAUAUAUUUUAUUUCUAUUUUGAAUUUGUAUAUUCUAUUUAACUUGUCUUACUCGAUAUAUAUUUUGUGUCUGCUUGUAAUAUUCUGAGCAUUGCUAUAAGAGAGCCUGUGACCCAAGCACUUCAUUGCAAGCGACUGCUUAAUGAAAUGUUUGUACAUAUGACAAUAAACUCUUGAAUCUUGAA